AUGUGUGAAGCUGAACACUUCGAUGUCAUUAUCCUCGGAGCUGGCGCUGCAGGAAUUGCAACAGGAAUUGAUUUGUUGCAAUCAUCAUCGUCGACACCCACAUUUAUCAUUCUAGAAUCGCGUGAUCGGAUUGGAGGUCGAUGUUAUACAGACCAGAAAACGCUGAAUGUUCCCGUCGAUCUUGGGGCGACUUGGAUUCAUCAUUAUUCCCCAUCAAAUCCAUUGUACAAAUACCAUCAUAAACUCCACACCGUACAGAAAAAAAGACAGGAAGUUAAGCCUCUUCGUCGUCACUCUGUCAGUUUAGCGUUUGAUUAUGACGGUAAACCUUUAUCGGAGAGUGUUUACCGUCAAGCACAUAGAAUUGCUGGAUCGUUGUUUGAAAUAUUGGACAAAUACGCCUUAGAACAACGGCGAAAAGAAGUUCCCGAAGAUAAAUCGAUCGAAGAUGUCAUACAAGAAGCGUAUCAGUCAUUUUCAUUAGGUGGACAAUUGAAACGUGCCGUCGACAUUAUCUUAUCGGGUCUUGAACAGUAUGAAGGAUCGAAUUUCUCCCGUUUGUCUGCAAUCAAUUAUGAUCUUGGCGAUGGAAUGGGAGUCGUCUGUGAUAUGGAAUUGGAAAAUGGUUUUGGAACAUUUCUUACACAAAUUGCUACUGUUUUACAUCAAUUACCAAUACGAUUGAAUCAAACAGUUACUUGUAUUGACACAACAGACUCACAUAAAAUUCAAAUUCAAAUAUCGGAGGAUAAAAUUUACACCUGUAAAUACGUUCUAGUAACAAUACCGCUGGGCUGUCUGAAACGUCAAACAAUCAAAUUUGUACCAGAACUGCCCGAAUGGAAAACAUUGGCGAUCAGUCAAAUGGGGUUCGGUUUAAUGAACAAAAUUGUAUUACAAUUUCCGAAAAAUUUUUGGGGAGAAAACGUUACAGUAAUAAGCCAUGCUAGCAAUGUUCAUCGAGGACAGUUUCGUUUUAUUAUAACUGAAUCACAAGCAAAUAUUCUAAUUAUAUUUGUUACCGGCGAUUUUGCCUACAAAAUGGAAACACUAACAGAUGAAGAAACACUGAUAACUGUUAUGCAAUUUAUUCGAACAAUAUUUUCUGAACAUCGACAACGAAAACAUCUUGUUCCAGAUCCAACGCAUUAUCUAAUUUCACGAUGGUGUAAAGAUCCGUAUGCUUAUGGAUCAUAUUCGAAUUUUGCUGUUAAUGCGAAUGUAAAAACAGUUGAAGAUUUGGCUAGAGAAUGCUACUCAGAUCGAGUCUACUGGGCAGGUGAACAUACAAAUUUCACUGGAUCAAUCGGAUGUGUAGACAGUGCAUUUGAAAGUGGACAACGAGAAGCGAGAAAAUUAAUUGAAAAACUACAAUCAUCAUAA